CUUUAAACCCUGGGAAAUUGUUUUAAUUGAGAGAUGCUAGUGAAAAAGGCUCACAUGUCGGCAUAAUCCAGUCGAGGCCUUUUGAGCUUUCUUUAAGAAAUUCUAACGUUUUCGUAUGACCCACAUUUGGACAGUACCACUGUAUGACGCACGUUUAGACAGACCAGAUGUUUUUAUCUGAAUCCCAAAAGAACCUAACCAAAUCAAAAGAACCGUAACGAAAUUCACAGCUAAUGGUUCUUAUUUUUCAUUUCCCGAAAAACUAAAACUGACAAGAAAACCAAAUAGACAUCUAAACAUUUGAAAUACAAUUCAAAAAUACAUAAUCUAAUCUAAAAAUAUUCAACUUUAGAAAUAUUUUAUCUAAAAUAACCAAACAACCUAAUUUUUAUCUGAAUUAUAUAAAAUUAUUUUAGUCAUCCAAUAUUUUAGUAUGACGAUCUAAAUCAUAGAUGAUUUUUGUUAAAAAAUUAUCUUAAAAAUUGAAUCGAAUCAGGAUGAAAAUAAACCAAUUUCCAAUAUAUUUAUUAGAACCAAACUAAAAUUAAAAGGAAAAAAAAAUCUUGAACUGAAUUUGACAAAUAUUCUAACCGUUCUUAUAGUUCUAUAACCACAACUUAAAAACCCAGGAAACGAAAACGGAACCGGAACCGGUACCUAACCAUAAACCAAAUGACAAGAAGAUCUAAAUGCUCAAAACCUCUCUUAUCACGUUUUGCGUUUGAGGAUUCGAGAGUGGUCUCCGUACUUUCACCUGCCAUUCCUUCUUCAACCCUCAAAAGUUAUUGAUAUAUUAGAUGUUGGUUAUGUAAAUAUGGUUUAGUGAUUGUAAAUAGAUACCCGGUUUGUUCCGGUUCAUACAUUAAAGCAAGUGUAUAUAGUCACAUGACUAUCAUUUCGAGUAAUCUAACAGAAAAGAUUCUCUUUGUCGUUUUCUCUCUUUUGAGCUCUUUCCGCCAUAGCUGAGCUCUAGAGCGAUAUUCUGUUCAUCGUUUGUUUUACUAAAAUGGUAUCAGAGCGUUGAGCUCUAGCUCAACAUCGAUUCUUCGUUUCCGGUUUUCUCUGUUCUAUCGAUUCCGGUUUCCUCUGUUCUUUCGUCGUCUUCGUUUCUGUGAUUCGUUGUUACGAUGGUCGUCUCUCUUCGUCACACUCGCAGAUCUGGCCGUUUCACACGAGCUGGUAGCUCGAACCCUCCGCCUGAAGCUCUUUCGGCUUCAUCUACGGAGUCUUCGUUAGCUCUUUCCGCCAUGAUGAACCCAGAUAGCGUUCACUCUCCGCUAUUCCUCAAUCACGCCGAUCAUCCAGGCUUGAUUAUCAUCUCUGUUCAGCUUGAUGGAUCGAACUAUGGCCAGUGGAACUAUGCGAUGAAGAUCGCCUUGGACGCAAAGAACAAAAUCGCCUUUAUCGACAACUCUCCUCCUCGCCCUGAUGUAGGUAACCCUCUUUUCCGGAUUUGGUCUCGGUAUAAUAGUAUGGUUAAAUCUUGGAUCCUGAACUCGGUCUCAAAACAAAUCUAUGGUAGUAUUCUGUCCUUUGAUGACGCUGCUCAGAUUUGGAAAGAUCUUCAUGAUCGAUUUCAUAAAACCAACUUACCCAGAACCUUUCAGUUGGUUCAGCAAAUCCAGGAUCUACGUCAAGGUUCGAUGGAUCUCUCAGUGUAUUACACCACUCUGAAAACGCUUUGGGAUAAUCUUUAUUGUUCUAAAGUUUUUGAUCCUUGUGCUUGUUGCAAUGCUGUUAACUGUGCUGGUCAGCGUCAAGCUCAAGCUCGUGUGGAUCGUUCUCGCAUAAUAAAGUUUCUUGCUGGGUUGAAUGAGAAGUAUUCAGUCAUUCGUAGUCAGAUCAUUAUGAAGAAACCUCUUCCAGAUUUGGCUGAAAUCUGUAACAUUCUCGAUCAAGAUGAUAGCCAGCGUCAGUUCAACUCACAUGUUCCUGCUGCCUAUCACUUGAGCUCUUCUCAGCCUUUGCCUUCUUUGUUGUCUACUCCACAGACCAUUGUUAAUCCUGACUCUAUGCCCGGGGCUUUGAAUGCGUUUCAGAAGAAGAAAAAUUGCCCUACAUGCUCUCAUUGUGGAUUUUCAGGGCAUAUAGUUGAUUGUUGUUACAAACUUCACGGUUACCCUGUUGGCUGGAAGAAAGUAAAACCCAUUCAUGGCAAGCCAACCUCCUCCUCGGCUGUCACUGCUACUGUCACUGCUUCAGACAAAGCUUCUGGUGGCAAUCUGGAUUCUUUGGUUGGCAAUCUCUCCAAAGAUCAGAUUCAGGAUUUCAUUGCCUACUUCUCUUCUCAACUUCAGCCUUCCUCUUCUGUUAAUAACGUCACCACCAGCUCGUUUGUUUCUCCCAGUCAGUCACCUUCUGGUAUUUCCUUUUCACCUUCCACAUUCAGUUUCAUUGGUAUCCUUACUGUUUCUGCGUGUGUGACAAAUGUGAAAACUUGGAUCAUUGACUCUGGAGCAACACACCAUGUUACUCAUGAUAAGUCUUUAUUCAUUGAGCUUGACACAUCUGUCAAUCAUCAUGUGAAUCUUCCUACUAAACAGACUGUUAGAAUUGCUGGCGCUGGUAUUGUUGUUCUGAACACAGACAUUACUUUGAAGAAUGUUUUAUACAUCCCUGAAUUCUGCUUGAACCUGCUCAGUAUCAGUUCUUUGACUACCGAUCUUGUUUCUUGGAUUAUCUUUGAUCCUGAGUUUUGUCUGAUACAUGAUCUUUCAAAGGGAUUGAUGAUUGGAAGAGGUAGAAGGAUAGCAAACUUAUAUAUCUUGGAUGGUGAAGAUUCAGCUUGUGAAGAUGCUGCUUCUCCUUCUUUUGUUACGAACUCAGUUAUUGAUGCAUCUGUUUGGCAUCGCCGUCUUGGCCAUACUUCUUUUACACGUUUAGACUCUCUCACAAAUGUACUUGGAAUUUCGAAGUUUAAAAAUAAAUGAUUGGUACAUUGUGGUAUUUGUCAAAGAGCUAAACAGAAGAAAUUGCCUUUUCCCAUACACAAGAACAUCUAUUCCAAACCCUUUGAGCUUUUACACAUAGAUACUUGGGGUCCAUUUUUAGAAACAACUCAGGAUGGUCAUCGUUAUUUCCUUACAAUUGUGGACGAUCAUACCCGUGUUACUUGGAUCUAUUUACUUAAGCUCAAGAGUGAUGUUCUUCGGGUCUUUCCUUCUUUCAUCACGAUGGUUGAGACUCAGUUUAAUGCGAAGGUGAAGUCUGUUCGCUCUGAUAACGCUCCAGAACUUCACUUCGAUGAUUUCUACAUCAGCAAAGGAAUCAUCUCUUUCCACUCUUGUCCUGAGACACCUGAACAGAACUCGGUGGUUGAGCGCAAACAUCAACACAUCUUGAAUGUAGCAAGGGCAUUGUUAUUUCAAUCACAUGUUCCUUUGUCUCUGUGGGGUGAUUGUGUUCUUACUGAUGUGUUCCUUAUCAACAGGACUCCCUCUCCUCUGUUAUCCAACAAGACUCCCUUCGAGCUUCUUCAUGGCAGAGAACCUGAAUACACACAUCUGAAAACCUUUGGUUGCUUGUGUUAUGCAAACACUUCUCCUAAACAAUGCCAUAAGUUUCAGGAUCGUGCCAAAGCCUGUGUAUUUCUUGGCUACCCUGCUGGCUACAAAGGAUACAAGCUAUUGGAUAUUCAGAGUCAUUCCAUCUUUGUCUCUCGGAAUGUGGUUUUCUAUGAGGAUGUGUUCUCGUUUCAUCGAUCUGAAGUCUCAAGUGAUGCUCAGUCAUUCUUUCCUCAUAUUGGUUGUUCUUCUCAUACUACUAAAGCUAUUGCAUCUGACUGCAAUCCGGCUCCUGUUGUUGAACCUACUCGUCGGAUUUCUAAACCGCCAAGUCACCUUCAGUACUAUCAUUGCUAUGCUAUAAACUCAUCUACAGAGCACCAUAUCUCUAAUGUUGUUUCCUAUGCAGCCUUGUCUGAUCCUUACAUGAUCUUCAUCAACGCUAUUAAUACUAUUCCCGAGCCUUCCACAUAUAAUCAGGCACGAAAAUUUAAAGAAUGGUGUGAUGCUAUGGGCAUUGAGAUUACUGCUCUUGAAGAUAAUGAUACAUGGUUGAUUUGCUCUCUACCUGUAGGGAAACAAGCCGUGGGCUGUAAGUGGGUUUUCAAGGUCAAGCUCAAUGCUGAUGGUACUUUGGAACGAUAUAAAGCUCGGCUUGUGGCCAAGGGUUAUACACAAAAAGAGGGUCUGGAUUAUGUUGAGACAUUUUCUCUUGUGGCAAAAUUGGCUACUGUGAAGCUUCUGCUCGCUGUCGCCGCUGCAAAGGGCUGGUCUCUCUCUCAGUUAGACAUCUCAAAAGUCUUUCUUAAUGGAGACUUAGAGGAGGAGAUUUAUAUGGAAUUACCACCUGGUUACUCACCAAGACAGGGGGAAUCUUUCCCUCCCAAUGCUGUGUGCAAGCUGAAGAAGUCUCUUUAUGGUUUAAAACAGGCUUCUCGCCAGUGGUUUCUGAAGUUCUCUCAAUCCUUACUUCAGCUGGGUUUCAUAACCUCUUCAGAAGAUCAUACGUUGUUUCUUAAGAAUUCUGGUGGCGUUUAUAUGGUAGUGUUGGUAUAUGUCGAUGACAUAAUCAUAGCCAAUAGCUGCGAUAAGGCUACUGAGCUUCUUAAAACAGCAUUGCAGGCAUCAUUCAAACUCAGAGACUUGGGAACUCUCCGGUAUUUUCUCGGUUUGGAAAUUUCUCGGUCCUCUGCUGGUAUUAGCAUCUGUCAAAGGAAGUAUGUUCUUGAUCUUCUCACAGAAACGGGUCUUCUUGGUUCAAAGCCUUCCUCUAUUCCUAUGGAUCCUAGUUUGAAACUUUCCAAGGAAGAUGGUGAGCUGCUACCCAACGCAGAACCUUAUCGUCGCAUUAUUGGGAAGCUCUUGUACUUAACUUUCACUCACCCUGACAUUACUUUCGCAGUUCACAAGCUUUGUCAGUACACAUCUUCACCAAGAGCUCCUCAUCUACAGGCCGCUUAUAAAGUGCUUCAUUAUCUUAAGGGUACUGUUGGCCAAUGCUUAUUUUACUCAGCACAAUCCGACUUGAAGCUCUCUGCAUUUGCAGAUGCAGACUGGGGCACUUGCUCUGAUUCUAGACGCAGUGUUUCCGGAUUUUGUAUGUUUGUUGGACUGGCUUUGAUCUCUUGGAAGUCAAAUAAACAGGAUGUUGUCUCUAACUCAUCUGCUGAAUCUGAGUAUCGCGCCAUGUCUGAUGCAAUAAGAGAAAUGCUUUGGUUUCGAAAUCUUCUUGAAGAUCUUUGGAUUGAUAUAUCUGAUCCUGCUCCUCUCUAUUGUGACAACACUGCUGCUUUACGCAUUGCCAAUAACUAUGUAUUUCAUGAGCGGACGAAGCACAUGGAACGCGCUUGUCACAUUGUCCGGGAACGAGUUAAGCUUGGCCAGAUCAAGACUC